AUGGCACGCAUUAGGAAUGAGUUUACUUGGGAAGCGGCAAAGCUGGCACUAGAAGAAAAACUCUCGACAGCGGCCACAGAACUCAGAACUCGGAAACAGACUUGGGCAGGAACUGAGAACAUGCUAAGUGCCAGCCAACUCGCUGAAGAGAAGUCGACUUGGAAUAUGGAGAGGCUAGCAUUGGAACAGGACAACAAGCAAUUGCGAGAGAAGCAUUCUACACUCGAACAAAGUUCGAAGAGGGACAUCGAAUUUGCCAAGAACUCUGCCUCUGGCAGUGAACAAGGCCGUCGCAGAGCAAUCGCCAAUAUGAAUAAGAUGUUCGAGUUGCAACCUGACGAUUACAAGGACGAAGCUUUCGAACAGGACAUAGCAAGUCCACCCGAUAGAAAAAUUGCGGACGCGAUUGUGGAAAGAACCACGAAUCGGAUGAAUACGCUUUGCGAUGCCACUGACAAGUUUAUGGAGCAACGCAAUGAGCUGGCAGCGAGGAACAACACUUUGGCUAUAGACCGCAAAAACGCGAAGCACACCAUACACACGCUUACUGUGGAGGUUCAAGCACUCACAAAUACCAUUCAAGCACGCAAAAAUACUAUUCAAGCACUCGAGGAUACUAUUCAGAAGCUAAUCGUUGAUGCUCAGUCCAAACUCAACGAGCGCGAAACAGAGAUUGCGAAAUUGAAGUCCAUGCUCGACAGGCUCAAGACAGCAGCAGCAGAGGUACAACGCAACUAUCGACAAGAUACAGAAAAUUGGAAGAGAGUCGCGACGAACAGCGCUGCAAGACAAAAGAGUUACGAGAAUACUGUUUCCACACAAACAGAGUCUAUCGCGUUGGUGCGUAAGUUUCUCUCUGAUAACGCUGAUAAGUUCCAAUAG